AUGAACCGUGCCCUACAGUUUGCGAUGAGCGACCCAAAGGGAUCUGUUUACGUUGUGGGCGCUGGAGAGGUCAUGGAAGAGGAAGUUACCCCGUAUGGCCUAGACCAAACUGCUUGGGAGCCUAUCGCGCCGACCGCUCUCCCUCAAGAAGCCGUGGAACUGGUUAUAUCAACGCUCGCCGGUGCAGAGAAGCCUCUGAUUAUUGUAGGCUACACCGGUCGAAACCAUGCAACAGUCUCGGAACUUGUCCAACUGACUGAGAGUAUCCCGGGUAUCCGUGUUCUUGACGCUCUGGGCAGCGAUGUGUGCUUCCCUUACACUCACCGGGCCUCAUUGGGUGUCAGGAUCGGUCGUGACGCCAGCAUCGAAGAGGCUGACAUGAUUUUGAUCAUUGAAUGCGAUGUUACCUGGAUUCCGAUACAAUGUCGACCGCGAACUGGCGCUAAGAUCAUCCACAUCGAUAUCGACCCAUUGAAGCAAAACAUGCCAUUAUACUACAUCCCCGCCUUUCGACGCUACCGAGCAGACUCUGAGACGGCACUGCGGCAAAUCAAUACUUUCAUCGCUCAGCAUGCGGAUUACUCGACUUUGCAGAAUCAAUAG